CGCCCAAAAAUUAUGAGAAACCACAGGAACCGGUAGAAGAGGCCAACGUAAAUAUGUUCGAUAAUUUAGAGCUGCAUCUAGCGGUGAACGAUAACCAGCCAGCACGUAGAAUGCCAAAGAUGCCACCCCUUCCGAAUGUGCCACCACCACCACCUCUGAUAUCGGAUUCCGCUGGUAAUUUCGAGGAAAACUCGUUCAUGAUAAAAGGCAGACGGAGGUUGAAGGUUCGAAACCUAACCCAGUGUAUUGACUUGAAGCCGCACAAACCGUUUGAACCAGCUAUGAUAGUGGAUAUUCCCUGGGUAGCUUUCUACGAUUUUAAUCUACCAAGCGACGAAGUUACCAUACAUGUCUUCAAGGUUACAUAUGUGCCUGCGAGGGUGGUGACGGAAUAUAUUGAUUUGUACAAAAAUCACACGAGUGAUGCUGUCAAUUGGGACCAACCGAAGUUAUUACUGAAGGAAAUAGGACCGACCGACACGUAUUCAAAAGAACAUCUAUUAAUACCUAUAGAUAGAAGAGGACUAUUUCAUGUUCUUACAAGAUUUGAGAAACCUGAAGGCAUGAGACGGAGUAAUGUGACAGUAAUGCUACCAACUAUGCUGUUGAAGGUCGAAGAUCCAUAUUUGUUAAUUGUUUAUUGUGAAGCCGACAGGGUUAUUCUUUUCGCUCAAGAAGAUUACGUUCCUGAGACCAAAGAGGAGAAAGAAGCGGAAGCAGCAACGAUUGGUAUCAAAAAGAAAGGAGGGGCAAUCACGAGAGACAGAGCAUUAGCACAGAAACUGAUUGCGAAAGAUAUUACAGAUAAGGCUAAGAGGGCAAAAGAGAAAGAAGCGAGGAAAUAUCUACCUCCUAAUGGGGAAUAUGGACUAUCCCCCUCAGAUAAAGAACUGCCUGCGUUAGAUGUCAAGUUAGUGAAGCCUACAGGAUUUCAUCAGCCAAAACCUAAAGAUAAUGAUGAUACUGUUAACCAGGAGUCACAGAAGACGCAAACAGACCCUAACCCAGCUGGAAGAGAGAAUGAAACAGACACAGAAGAAGAAAAGUUAGAACGCGAGUGGAUAGACAGUAUGACGUUUAAAGGCAUAGGUCCGAAAGGCAUGGAUAUUUUCGACGAGCACACGUGCGAGGAUUUCAGCAGAAAUGCCAGGUUUAACCCUUUCUCCGUGCUGUAUGACGAAUGGUUUUCAUUCUACUACUGGGCUGAGCAUAAUUCGCCUCUCAUUCAUCUCUUUCUACCAAUAACUUCGGAUGAUAAAAAGAGAAUCCGAGAGAUUUUGGACCCCCAAGUGGAGAAACCUGUGGAUUGGAAUGCAACGAUGGUAGUAUUUAUAGAUCUGGGGGUGAACUCCACUGCCCUGUUGGUGGAGCGCAACAACAGGGGAGCAUAUUGGUACUACCCUGUCGCUUUAGAUUAUCCUGGCAAGAUUAAACCAGCGGACAUGCGAUUCAAACAGACUAGUGAUAAUAAAUAUUUAGCGAUUAUGUCCUGUGAUAAUGGUGACGUUUUCAUAUUCGCAAGGAAACACGAGAUUCCGCGGCAGAAGCUCAUUCCUGACGCGGUGGCCACCAUCGGCUACCGAGCACGGAAAGGCAAGUCCUACUUGUACCAGGGACACGAGUGGAUGCCGAUCCCUGAGAGAGACGAACUCGAAUAUUGGGCACCGGAGAGUUACAAGAUGAAGUAUGAGCUACCUGAACAUGAAGAAGAAAUAGACAAUAUGACGCCGGAGGAUUUACUAAGAAAUUAG